AUGGUCCAAGAAAGUCUUCCUCCUGAAGCAUACGAUGACAAGAGGGCAAUCGUCAUCGGAUCAGUGGUUCUCUGCAUCGGGCUUCCUGCAAUACUGGUUGGCCUGCGAGUGUAUACAAGGACUGUCGUCAUUGCAUUGUUCGGCAUUGAUGAUAUCUUUGCUAUCUUUGGGCUCAUGGCUACGACAGGCUGUGGUAUUGCUAUAGCUGCUGGAGUGACUGAACAUGGUCUCGGAAGACACAUAUUGACCCUAGAUUCUUCUGUUAUACCAGAUUAUCUUCACACCUUCUUUGUCUCCAUCGUUCUCUACAACAUCGCUCUCCUCUGCAUCAAGUUAUCUUUUCUGUUCCAGUACUACCGAAUCAUGGCCGUACCGAGAAUGCGACGGACCUAUGCCCUUGCCAUGGUUGUCAUCGGAGCAUGGGCUGUCUCUCAGGUUCUCAUUGCUACGUUCACCUGUAUACCCGUUGAAGGGUUUUGGAACAAGACCAUUCAAGCAAAAUGCAUCCCCUCGCAACCGCAGUGGUAUAUUAAUGCAGCGGGGAACAUAGCUACUGAUGUUGCGGUAUUUGCGCUACCUCUUCCCAUUUUCUGGCAUCUCAGCCUGCCGCGGAAGCAAAGAUUACUUCUGAUGGGUAUUUUCAGCCUCGGCUUUUUCACCGUCGCCAUCUCGGUUGUCAGGACCAAAUACCUCAGCAUUCACAAGGACUUCACAUGGACUAAUGUUGAUGCAUCACUCUGGUCCUUGGGAGAAAUCGCCUCAGCCGUUACCACCGCAUGCCUCCCUACCUUGCGACCUUUCCUGACUGCUAUGUUCCCAAAAAUGAUGGCCCGGGUGAACUAUUCGUUCCACAGUCAUCAGACUGACACUCUGGGCACGUACCCCAUACACCCUUAUUCUGCCUUCACUGCCGACCCAAACGACGUCGACAAAUCCGCAAUGGAAUCGGCCGUCUCUAGUGCAAGAUCGAGCCAUAUGAAAGAUGGCAAGCCGCCGACGCAUGAAUCGCCCUUUCAACAUCACACCACUUCCACUGAAAGCAUCUUCGGGUUGGCAAGCUUACGGGAGGACGCCAUUACCCCCAUGAAGUCUAACUCAAGCCCCACAAGUCCCAGGCUGAUAUGGUAUCCUUCCAAUAAAACCCCCAAUCGCCUGGGGGGUUUUGACCAGCAUGGUUCAGUGAUCUGA